ACUUCUCUCUACUAUAUCUACAUAAUAUCCCACUUUUCUCUUCCGUAAUAAGUUGUAUGGACUAAUUCCCCACAUCUCUCUCUCUCUCUCUCUCUCUCUCUCUCUCUCUCUCUCUCUCUCUCCAUAUAUAGAUACUCAAAAUAUGAAAAAAACAGUGCAGUCAAAGAAGUUCAGAGGGGUCAGGCAACGCCACUGGGGCUCCUGGGUUUCCGAAAUUCGCCACCCUUUAUUAAAGAGAAGGGUGUGGCUUGGGACCUUCGAGACAGCCGAAGCCGCAGCGCGAGCCUACGACGAAGCCGCCAUUUUGUUGACCGGUCGGAAUGCCAAAACAAAUUUUCCCGCCAAAACACAAAAUUCCGGUGACCGGAAUUCCUCCCCCACCUCUCCGGCGGCGACGUCACAAAAGGGUUUAUCGGAAAUCCUCCGCGCAAAGCUGAGCAAAUGCGGCAAAAAGACGUCGUCCCCGUCGGUGACCUGCCUGAGGCUCGACACCGAUAGCUGCAAUAUCGGAGUCUGGCAAAAGCGCGGCGGCUCCAAGAACGCCAACUGGGUUUUGACCACCGCGCUUGGAAAAGUCGACGAAGGUAGUCCGGAUCAACGCAGUUCGACGUCUUCGGAGUUGACUCCGGCACGGGAAGAAGAGAGGUCAACGCAGAUUAGAGGAGAUGAUCAAGAAGACAGUGUUGCAGUAUUGCAAAUGAUAGAGGAACUCCUUCACAUGAACAGUCCUAAUUGUGAACCUAAUUAAAUUCCAAGUGGAAAUGGAUAGAAGCAUUUUUACAAACUUAAAUAUUAUACGUAAUAUCUGCUAAUAAUGUCACGUGUCGUAGUGCAUCAUAAUUCACCAGUCAAAAAUAGUGAUGUUCAUGUGUGAACACUUGUACUAUGUAUGCAAAGAAAGUAAUUUGGCGAAGUAUCUACGGUUUGGAAGCUUGGUCAAUGUGUAUUCAUGGAAUUUCUUCCAACAUAAAUUAUUGGUUCUGCUCUACAGAUUUAGAGCUCAGUUA